AUGGCUUCGUACUGCACUAUAAUUGGUCAGGUCAUCGUGACCUCAACGAGUUUUCUUUAUAACACAUCUCCUCCCCUUCCUCCUCUCCGACUUGUAGAGCAAGGUCAAAAUCGGAGAUUCGACUUGAGCGCCGAUAUAACACCCUCGGCGGUUAAUCAGGCGACGUUUGACGAACACCUGCUCGCCAUCGCUGACGACGGCAGUGAAGUUGGCUUCUAUGACUGCAGCGUAACCACGCCUGACGACAAGACCGUGGUGGUGAAGGUGCAAAGCCAAUAUGCCAUCGGCGAAACCAAAUACACCAUCGAGCUCACCUCUGAGCUGGGAAUCAACCUUGGCAUCUUCAGUGAGUCCUACAAGCAGACACAGACGGCAAACAACAAGUCCGUCGUGCGGAGGCUUCGAGCCCAGCGCGACCUGAAGGACCUCCGAGUGGAGACUGAGGUCUGCGCGGACGGGGUGUUGACGAAAUUCGAGAGAAUUUAUGAUCUGAGAGACGUUGAACUGUUCCUAGCCAACGGGGCUGUCCUGGUGAUGCAGAGGGUCUACGCCAUAACAGGCGCCCAGAGCAGGGUCACCCUGAACACCCUCGACAUCGAUGGAACACUGUGUUGCCUUGCUUGUGAGUUCUUGGGUGGAAAGGAUGCGAAUUGCGACAGUACGAGCAUGUCUGAGGUUGCUGUCGAACAGACACUGUGUUCACCUACUGGACACAGCAUCACCACUCAAAAGUACUUUACGACUUACGGGCAGUUGGUGUCCGUAGUGCAGAUCGGUUCGCCGGUGGUGUUCAAGCUGGCCCAACCCCCACUCCCCAUUAUCAAAGAUCAGUAUUUGCCCAUUCCACACGUCGGAGAAGACGACUUCUUCUGGCGGGACAAUAUAUCAUACUGCACGCUCGAUUUUGAUUGGUCCAACGAAAAUGCGUGUUCGCUUGCCGCUCGAAUUAGCCUCGAACAAAACCACAGCCCUUUUAACAACUGGCUAAUCACUGAGACUCGCCGCUGUUUUUUUUUCUUGCAGGAAGAACUGAUUAGCCAGUAUCAUCUGUACCUCUACGACCACCCCGAAUUCACAGACCUGCUGAAGGACUUCCUGCAGGCACUUCUGAUGGAGAAGCCCGAGGACACGUACAACUUCGCCGCCGACUACUUUACCAGCUUCUCAAAGCGAAGAGAGGAGACCACGUGCCUCAAGCAGGCCUGA